AUGGCAGAAGAAGAAGAGGAGGACAGUUAUGCAAAAGGUUUUACUUUCCUGUACCGCACGGAAGGCAAGAUUACAGUGACACUGUUGUCAACAGGGAACGUCAGGGACAAAACCUAUACUGCUGAAGACGUAGUGGAGUAUGUGAAAGCGGCAAAAGAUUUGUUAUACAAGGAGUUUGGUGUUGGAGCUGCGUAUCUGGUUUGCGAUUCUACUGGUGCCCACAUUAAGGCCAGAAAAUUGCUUAAGAACGAGUUUCCAUCGAUGCUUAGUUUGCCUUGUUAUGCGCACCAGUUCAACUUGUGGACCACAAAUGUAUUGCACCUGCCGUUUCUACCUCCCGCGUGCAAAUCUGCACUGGCCAUUGUUACGGACUUUGACCGGAAAACGAUUCUCCUGGGAAAGCUGCGCAAAUUUGCGAAGCAGAUGUACCCUAAUCGACAGCACACUUCCCUUGAAAGGCCUACCGAAACCCGCUGGUACUCGUUUGCAAAGUGUUUUCGCUCCAUUCUCGAUUCGAAAUUGGUAUUAAAGAGAGUGUUAGAAGAGAACGAUUUCGUUGAUAAACUAUCGCUUCCAGUUCGUGUGGACAUAGAGAGUUCGUCCUUUUGGAAAGGCUUGGAAAAUGUCUUGUCUAUUUUGGACCCGCUGGUACAAGCGCAAGCUAUUUCCGAGAGCAACAGUUGCACGUUGUGUGAUGUGAUGUUGGCGGUAAAAAAUCUGUACGAUAAGUUCGAGCAGUUGGAUCCGAGCGGUUAUCUGUUAGAAAAGUUGGAAAGUAGAUGGAAGCGUUUUUUUGACGUACGCCUGAUGAUUUUGGCGGUAGCGCUCCACCCAGGCCACAGCCUAAGCAGUCUACAGUACGACCCUGUAAAAAUCAACUGGCACAUUGUCAAGCAGCGGACGACAGAUCUUCAUAAGGAAAUGUUUCCGAAGUCCAAGCACUCAAUCACUGGAAAUUCUGUGGUGGCAUUUAUGAAUAAAGCGGAUAACGCCACUGAGUUUUCAGCUAAUGAGAUGUUGCAAAUGCGGCUUUUGUUUCCCUCGUCUAAAAAGAGUUACAUUUUGCAGAAUCUCUGUUUGACGAAAUUGUAUCGGAAGCUGAUCACCGAUCCUUUUGGCUACUAG